AUGCGGACUCCAGAUAUCAGAAAUGAUACUAUUUUGAGUGCAAGUGCACUAGGGAGUGUAAAUGCACUAGGGAGUGUAAGUGCACCAGGAAGUGCAAGUGCACCAGGGAGUGUAAAUGCACUAGAGAGUGCAAGUGCACUAGGGAGUGCAAGUGCACUAGAGAGUGUAAGUGCACCAGGGAGUGUAAAUGCACUAGGGAGUGUAAGUGCACUAGGGAGUGUAAAUGCACUAGGGAGUGCAAGUGCACUAGGGAGUGUAAGUGCACCAGGAAGUGCAAGUGCACUAGGGAGUGCAAGUGCACCAGGGAGUGUAAAUGCACUAGGGAGUGUAAAUGCACUAGGGAGUGUAAGUGCACUAGGGAGUGUAAAUGCACUAGAGAGUGUAAAUGCACUAGGGAGUGUAAAUGCACUAGGGAGUGCAAGUGCACUAGAGAGUGUAAGUGCACUAGGGAGUGUAAGUGCACCAGGGAGUGUAAAUGCACUAGGGAGUGUAAGUGCACUAGAGAGUGGUCCUGGUGUGGUCGCACUUCUUGGUGUGGUCGCACUUCUUGGUUUGUCCACACUUCUUGGUGUGGUCGCACUUCUUGGUGUGUUUGCACUCCCUGGUGUGUUCGCACUUCCUGGUGUUGAAUAUCCCGGUCGUUACAACAGCAUGACAUGGAUUGGAUUUCCAUAG